UUUACUGUUUACAUUUAGCGCUUUAGCUAGCGUGGCUGCAUGUGAUUGUCGAAGCGAAGCUAGCGAAGUUGUAGCGAGCUACCGCAGAGACCGCGAAGUUUCUACCUUGAACGUGUUCUGAAAUACUGCGAUGAAUUGCCACAAACAAGUUUUAUUGUAGUUUUUUCUUCAGAUAACUGUCUAGCCUGCGCUAUAAAUGCUUUUCUGGAGUUUCUUCCUUGUAUGAAGUGCAAAGUGCAGAUAAUGUAGCUGUAACUCGUUGUUUUUGUUACUUUCAUGACUGGUUUAAAUAAAUACGUAUUCAAGGUAUAAAAUAUGGAAGCACUACUAGUGGCAACUCUAAGGUUUUCUCGCUUCUCGUCGUGCUUUAUUCGCAUUCCUAAAGAAUGGGCCCGACAAGCAACAAAUUUCAAUGACGAUGUGGUGAUCUAUGAGUUAAGUUCUGCUCAAACAGCAUGCAAGGCCUUCGUUUCCUGGAAUCACGAAACAACACAUGAUGAUUGCAUAGAGAUAAGCACCCAGUUUGCUGAACUGUGUGGUUUUUGUGAUGGUGAAGAGGUCACAGCAGAGAGAAGAGGAAAUGUCCAUUGUGCAGAACAAGUCGCAGUGCAAACGUCCAGUCUUAACGACUACGAAAAACUUGUCGAAUGCAGUGAUUUUCUUGAAAGUCAUCUGAUGAAUCAAAUUCGAGUAGUCUGGCCUGGCAUGAAAUUUCUUAUGUGGACGACACCGUCAUCUCCAAUUUUAGUUGAUGUUGUGUCUGUUGUGCCGAAUUGUAAGCCUGUUCUCCUCAUCAGGAACACUGCUGUGUCCGUAGUCCCAACCACCCAAUCUCAAGCAGUGGUUCCAAGUCAUCCCUCACCGCUUAGAGCCUUGAACGAAGGCAAUAGCCUGCGCAGCAUAGCAUCUGUUGUUGGGGCUUUCCCCUCAUGGGUUUGGUCUUCAGUACUGUCAAACCGAGCGGCAAUGCAUUCAUUGCCCCAUUCGAGACGUUCACAUCCAUCUCUGCCUCCAGAGCAGUGCGCCGAAUUCUCGCUCACUUGGCCUGGCGACAUCUGCUUCACUGCCAGGGUGAUUCCACGCAAAUUCUUCACGAUAGAGCCGCUACCUGUACAUAACGUUGAAAAGCUGCUGCGUGAACACCCUACUACAAUUUUUGUGUCAAGAUCGCAACUGCGCCCGUGUGAUUUAGCCAGUGAUGGCCAGUCUGCUGUGACUUUUGUUGCCAGCAUGUCGAAGAUCACCUCGCCUCAAGAGAAGCUGGCAAAAGCAGCUUUGGACUCAAAGGGCGAAUCGAGUGCUUCACAGAAGCAGGCAGCACAGAUAGCAUUGCCUGACUGUGAAACUUGCUUUGUGAGAGUGUUUGCAGCUCCUACUGCAUGGACAGAUUUUCACUUUUUACAUGGCUCUGACUUGGCCCUCGUCCCUGAUGCUCUUCGACGGCAGCUGGGACUGAACUAUGCUAGUAAAGUGAAGAUUAAGUCAUUAUCAGCCUCUGAACAGCCUGUUGCAUUGAGCUCAAUCACCCUGCACCCGAUAGGGAAUACAACAUUCACGAAACGAAACAUCGCCAGUGCCUUCCGGUCUUGGUGCAGGGACGUCUCAGCUUCUGGAUACCCACUUGUACUUUCAUCUGGUGGUGUUUUGAGGCUGAAAUGGGGGGAUCGUGGUGGGGAACAAACAGACUUUCUUAUAAAGCUGUCUCAUCAAAGGGGUGACACUGAAGAUGUGACAAAUGAUCCCCAAAAUGGUGAAAGUGAAAUGAAGUACUGUUUCCUUAGCGAUUCUGUGUCAGUAAAUGUUAGCCUUGGGAAGGCUGUCAAAGCUCAACGUUCAAAGAAGUGCGCAUUGGAGCUCCCCAUGUCAAACAUCAGUCUUCUCAACCCAGACCUUCAUGCUCCUAGGCUUGAAGAACUUGGUGGUGUGAAGGAGCUCUGUGAGAACGGUCUGGCCUGGCUGAAGUUGCUAACAACAGCUCAGCCCACGGCAGUGCAGUUGUGUGGCCAACAGCAACUUGUGGGAGAUGUGCUACUCAUCACGGGCCAGCGUGGCAGUGGCAAGUCUACACUUGCCAAAUCACUUGCCCUGUGUCUGCUUCAGUCCCCUCCAUUUGCCCAUGUUGAUGUCAUCGAAUGCAGUUCGCUGAGGGGAAAGCGUCCUGAAAAAAUUGCUAAGAUGUGGGAGAAUAUAGUUUCCGAGUGCUGCUUCAGAGAGCCUGCUGUGCUGGUUUUUGAUGACCUGGAUACACUGGCUGGUGCUGUAGCAGGGCCUGAACAAGAGAAGAGUCCUGGUGCCCUCUACUUCAACAAGGUAGCUGAUGCAUUCUUCAACACACUUGUCACUCUGAGGGACUCAUGCACCAGAGUGGCCGUCAUUGUCACAGGUCGCUCAAGAGAGGCCUUCAACACCCGUCUCACUGCCAGCCAUGGACAGCAUAUCUUUUACACAAUGCUUGCCAUCCCACCUCCAAACAAGGCAGAGCGUGAGGAGGUUCUCAGGUGUCUAGUAAAGAUGAGGCCACACCUCAGCAAGAGUCAGUUUGACUACAGCAAAGUGGCCCACCAAACUGAAGGCUGCUAUGCUAAAGACCUUGUCGCCAUAUUGGACAGAGCAACCCAUGCCUUUUACACUGACACAGCGAAUGGUACCAUGUCUACAACGGUGGUGCACGGUCUUGAACAAGAAAUUGUUCUCUUGGACGACCACUUUGAGCGUGCCUUGGAAGAGUACUGCCCAGCAUCCCUCAGAGGCCUGAACCUGAGAGCAGAGCACACCUUGCACUGGCGAGACGCUGGUGGUUUGGAUGAUGUGAAGCAGACCCUGCAGGAGGUUUUCCUCUGGCCUACAAAGUACCCUGAGCUGUUUGCGAACUGUCCCAUUCGUCCAUUGUCCGGCCUGCUGCUGUACGGAGCCCCUGGGACUGGCAAGACACUUCUUGCUGGCAUAGUGGCCUCGGAGUGCGCUGUCAAUUUCAUCAGCAUUAAGGGGCCAGAGCUAUUGUCAAAAUACAUUGGUGCCAGUGAGCAGGCUGUUAGGAAUGUCUUCCAGAGAGCUCAGAGUGCGAAGCCCUGCAUCAUCUUUUUUGAUGAAUUUGAUUCCAUUGCACCGAGGAGAGGCCAUGACAGCACAGGGGUUACUGAUCGUGUUGUUAACCAACUGCUUACGCUGCUCGAUGGUGUGGAAACUAGCACUGGUGUGUAUGUGCUGGCUGCAACAAGUCGUCCUGACCUCAUUGAUCCAGCGCUGCUUCGACCUGGCCGUUUGGACAAGUGCCUUCACUGCCCGCUGCCAAACACGGCGGAGCGUGCCAGUAUCCUGGUCGCGUUGAGCCGCAAGCUUCUGCUGGCCGACGACGUGGACCUGGACUCCGUGGCGGCGCGCACCGAGCAUUUCUCCGGCGCCGACCUGCAGGCGCUGCUCUACACUGCGCAGCUGGAGGUCGUCCACGAGGUGUUCCCCCAAGACGAGCUCCAGGGAGACAGUCCGGGCCGACGCUUCGACUGUUCGUGGUCGUCGGACGAGCCGCUGGGCCUCGGAGAGUCGGAGUUCUUCUACGCCCCUUCGGUCAGCCAGGGCCCCACCGAGCCCGUCCCUGACAAGGCCCGCCAGCUGCAGCAGGAGGUGAAUGCGCUCUCCGAAAACUUGCUGGGCCAGGGCCCGAGACGCCAGCAGCACCGCCGGUCGCGACGUGACAGCACCGCCCUGGCGCUUAGCAUCCACCAGCGGCACUUGGAGCAGGCACUCGCCAAUACGUCCGCCUCCAUCUCCGCCGUCGAGAGGAGGAAGUUCGACACCAUAUACUCUCUGUUCCGAUCGGGUUCGUCGCUUGCUGAGCUUCGAAUGGCAGCUGGGCAGCGCGUCACGCUGGCCUGAACGCUCCCUGGAACGAUGGUGUUCUCAGCUGAUCUCGUUCGCUGGUUGUUUCAACCCAGAAGUACGGCGAAAGCACACAAGCGUGACAAGAGGGAGGAUAUGUUUCCUGGUCGGCGAGGAGCAAGAUGAACCUUCACGUGCCUUUUGACGUUGCUGCCUGUGAUACCAUAUCAAAGCACUCGGUGGAAAUGUGGACACGUUUUUCUUCUUCUAAAUGUGCUUUUGCAGCUUA